CUAACGCUGACGUCCGUCUUCUGCAGCAAAAUGGCGUCGCUGACAGCAGCCGUGCAGACGAGCCGGUCCGGUUCUGCAUCAUCGUCCAAGCAACGGAGCGGGAUGACGACCCAGAGGAGGUUUAGACUUUUGGACAACAAAACCCUCGUAUUCCUUUCGCUAGCCUCCAUGUUGCACUGUGCUCUGGCUGACGGAAAGACGCUGGUUCUGCUGGACAACCUCAACAUCAGAGACACCCAUUCAAUGUUCUUCCGCAGUCUGGCAGAUCGUGGCUUUGACCUGGCAUUCAAGACGGCCGAUGAUCCCUCCCUGUCUUUGAUCAAAUAUGGCCAGUUCCUGUAUGACCAUUUAAUCAUAUUUGCUCCUUCGGUUGAAGACUUUGGAGGAAAUAUAAAUGUGGAGACUAUCACAUCCUUCAUCGAUGGUGGAGGAAACGUCCUGGUUGCUGCCAGUUCAGAUAUUGGUGACCCGCUGAGGGAGCUGGGCAGUGAGUGUGGCAUUGAGUUUGAUGAGGAGAAGACGGCUGUCAUUGACCAUCACAACUUUGAUGUGUCUGAUCCCGGAGAGCACACGCUGAUUGUUGCUGCCCCAGAAAACCUGCUGAAAGCUCCCACUAUUGUUGGCAAACCCACCAACAAACCUGUUUUAUUCAAGGGUGUUGGUAUGGUGGCAGACCCAGAAAACCCUCUUGUCCUGGACAUCCUUACUGGCUCCUCCACCUCUUAUUCCUUUUUCCCUGACAGACCCAUCUCUCAGUAUCCCCAUGCUGUUGGCAAGAACACCCUGCUGAUCGCUGGCCUUCAAGCCCGGAACAAUGCCAGAGUGGUUUUCAGCGGCUCACUCGACUUCUUCAGCGACUCCUUCUUCAACUCUGCUGUGCAGAAGGCCACACCCGGGUCCCCGAGGCACGAGCAAAAUGGGAACAUGGAUCUGGCCGAGGCUCUGUCCCGUUGGGUGUUCAAGGAGGCCGGAGUCCUGAGGGUGGGAGCUGUUACCCAUCAUCCUGUGGGAGAGACAACUCCCCCUGCAGCAUACACCAUCACUGACCUGGUGGAGUUCAGCAUUGUCAUUGAGAUGUUGUCCGAGGGCCGUUGGGUCCCGUUUGACGGAGAUGAUAUUCAGCUCGAGUUUGUGAGGAUCGAUCCCUUCGUCAGGACUUACCUCAAGAAAAAUGGAGGCAAAUACAGCGUCCAGUUCACGUUGCCCGAUGUGUAUGGAGUCUUCCAGUUCAAGGUGGACUACAACCGACUGGGAUUCACACACCUCUACUCCUCCACCCAGGUAUCAGUGCGUCCCCUGCAGCACACUCAGUACGAGCGCUUCAUCCCCUCAGCCUUCCCAUACUACGCCAGCGUCUUCUCCAUGAUGGCAGGUCUCUUUGUCUUCAGCAUAGUCUUCCUGCACAUGAAAGAGAAGGAGAAGUCAGACUAAUGCAGAGAAACAACGGGGGAGGGAAAACGAGAUUAUAGAUUUGAACUUGUGGUGUGAAGAGUUGAAAUUGGAUGUCUUGAUGGCUUGAAUCUUCACACAGAGACUUGGACUGCAGUCCACUGUAAAAAUAAAUAAAUAAAUACAGUUCUUGUUUGAAUUUUGGAGCUUUCAACUUUCCGGGGUCAAGCGGACAAUGGGGAUCCUGAGUGUUUUUGGUGGGUUUUUUCUUUCUUUUUUUUUAACUCGCUCAAAGACCCAUACAUGUUCAGAUGUCAGUGUUUGUAUAAUGUUGCUUUACAUUUGAUAAAAUGAUCUCAGUAGAGCACUUGCCUUGGAAAAUAAAUCCAUGUUCGAAUUUGGCCCACAUUUUCUCAAUCUGCACAUGUUAUCGUGGUAACUACAUGCACUGAAUAUGCCAACUCUUUUUUUUGUUUGUUUUUGAUAAAACUUUCAAUGUGUUUCCAAAAAAAUCUGGAGUCAUCUUAAUAAAUAAAUAAAAAAUACUGACAUUCCA